CAUAAGAUAACAACCUAACACUAGCAAAACCGAUUAAUAUUCAGAUUCUUUCCUUCCCACAAAUCAUUAUUUAGUCACGAUUCCAUUAUUUUCCCAUGUUAAUCAAAUCCCUACUUUCAUGAUUAUCAUUGAAUCCACUCAAUACUAAUUGUAUUUUUCAAUAGAAUAUUAUCUUUUUUGCUAGACUGUACACCCUGACAAUUUUAACUUUUCAAUCCUUAAUUAUAUAUAUAUAUAUAUAUAUAUAUAUAUAUAACUUAAAACAACCAAUAUUUUUUCAUCUUUGAUAUAAAAAAAUAAAUAUGGAAAAAUACUCCGCUUUGAGUAAAACAUUCCUGUUUCUUGCUACUCUGUUUUUUCUUCUCUUUAAUGGCUGCCUUGCAGGAAAACAUAUGAAGAAUGAUGAAUUAGAAGAAUGGGGUUAUGUUGAAGUUAGACCAAAAGCACAUAUGUUUUGGUGGCUUUACAAAAGUCCCUACAGAGUAGACAAUCCAAUCAAGCCUUGGCCUAUAAUUCUAUGGCUUCAAGGUGGUCCUGGAGCAUCAAGCACAGGAAUUGGAAAUUUUCAAGAAGUGGGACCACUUGAUACCAAUUUAAAACCCAGAAAUUCAACAUGGUUGAAGAAAGCUGAUCUCCUCUUUGUUGAUAAUCCAGUAGGAACAGGAUUUAGUUAUGUGGAAAAUAAGAAAUUGGUAGUGAAAAGUGACGAAGAAGCAGGAGAAGAUCUGACAAGACUUCUAAUAGAAUUAUUCAACAAGAACAUCAAGUUGCAGAAGAGUCCAUUGUAUAUUGUUGCGGAAUCUUAUGGGGGUAAAUUUGCGGUUACUCUUGGAUUGGCCGCCCAUCAAGCCAUUCAAUCCGGCCAAUUGAACCUAAAGCUUGGAGGAAUCGCUCUUGGAGAUACUUGGAUUUCUCCUGAGGAUUUUGUUUUUUCAUGGGGGCCUCUUUUGAAAGACGUAUCAAGAAUUGAUGAUAUAGGAUUUAAAAAGGCUAACAGCUUAGCGGAGGAGAUAAAGCAGAAGUUGGAGAAUGGUCAAUAUGUGAAUGCUACAACUACAUGGAGUAAUCUUGAGAGUGUUAUUGCCUCCACCAGUAAUUCUGUGGAUUUUUACAACUAUUUACUGGAUUCUUCUAUGGACCCACUUGCAAUAACAACAACAACAAAUGAGGCAACUUCAAAAAAGCUAGCAUUUGGCAGAUAUUCAAACUACCUUUCUUCUUUAACAAGUUUUAAACCUGACUCUGCUAAUGGAGCUGAUCUUACUUCUUUAAUGGAAGGUCCUAUCAGAAAGAAGCUCAAGAUUAUCCCUAGUGACGUCAGGUGGGGAGGCCAAAGUGAUCUUGUUUUUACAGCACUUGAAGCUGAUUUCAUGAAGCCUUUGAUUGCUAAGGUUGACGAGCUGCUUUCUAAAGGGAUCAAUAUCACGAUAUACAACGGUCAACUUGAUCUCAUAUGCUCGACCAAAGGAACUCAAGCAUGGGUGGAGAAGCUCAAGUGGGAUGGUCUAAAAAGUUUCUUAAGUGAAAGUAGAACACCUAUAUAUUGUGAAAAAGAUGGACCCACAAAGGGAUUCAAAAGGUCGUACAAUAAUUUGCAUUUCUAUUGGGUUCUUGGUGCUGGACACUUUGUACCCUUUGAGCAGCCAUGUGUUGCAUUAAAUAUGGUGGGUGCCCUUACACAGUCGCCUGCUCCUUAGAAGAUGCACCAACAAAUUAAAGAACAACACUUGGGAAAUGAAAAUACUCUAUACAAUUAAUGUGUAGUCUAUAUCAUUAUUUACUUUUAUAUUUUUAUGUAUUUUAUGUAUUUUAUGAAUGGAGGGAGAAAAAAGUAGAAAAAUAUAAAUGUGCAUAUGUUGAUUAUCAACAGAUGGUAGAAGAGAAAAGAAGAGGGUAUUAGUACAAAUAAAAUUAAUUAGAGUCUGUAUUUUAUUUGGUGAAUUAUUGAAUGCCACAUAAUGUUUUCAA